AUGGAUCAUAUGCUCAUAAUGUUUCUACAUUAGGGCUCAACGCCCUCGUUGCCGUGUCAUCGAUUGUUGCACUUUGUUCAGUGCCAAGCUGUGCUGAGUGGUUGACCGCUUUGCAAUGGCUUCUGAAGCUCCAGCACCUGCGCCCGGCGCAGAGCACGUCAAGGUGCUGGGUAUUAACAUCAACCGAAAGAAAGCCGUGGAGACUGUCAAGGGGGCUGCUCUAGCUUACGUUGGUUUUAAGCUUGGCGUUGCCACGCUUAAGUUUAUUGGGCGCCGUCUUGGAGGCGGCAAGCGCAGUCCACAGCCGGGUGCACCCGGUCAGCAGGCGCGCGGCGGUGUUGCCUCCGCCUCCGCUGCCCCGGUCAACACCGAGCCGGGCGAGGAUACGUGGAACGUGGUGGACUCCCCGCCGCCCCCCAUACCCGAGGGCUACAAGGCUGUGGCCAAUGCCGUACUGCCGUGCACGCCACAGGAGCUGUACAACGUACUGAUCUCGGGGGCGACCGGCGGUACGGAGCUGUACAUCAAGCAGCACCGGGACAUCGGGCGGCAAUGGGACCUGGUGGCGAGCGGCUGGCGCCGCGCGGCGGCGGCGGCGGGCGUGGAGGGUGCGCCGGCGCCUGCCGCGGAGCCAGCACCUGACCACAGCCUGUUGGGGCCUAAGAACCCGUUUGAGUGGGUGUAUGGCGUGCCUGGCUCGGGUGGCUUCACUCGCGUGCUGACGUUCUGGACGCCCAAGAAGCCGCCGCAAACCAUGGACACACGUUGCGUCCAGCGGCAGCAGCUGUGUGUGUACCGGGGCGGCGUGCUGGUGUUCGCCACCGCCAUGAACAUGCUGGACAUUCCCUACAAGGAGUGCUUCACGGUCAACACCGCCUGGCGCAUCUCGCCCGGGGAGGCGCCCGGCACGUGCAGCCUUAGCAUCAACCUCAAGGUCCACUUCCUGCGCCGCCCCAUCGUGGCCGGCAUCAUCAACAUGACCACCUUCCGCGAGAGCGCCGCCUUCUUCUCCACCUUCGCGAACAACAUCGCACAGCACCUGGCGGGGCUGAGGGACGCGGCGGCCGCGCCGCUGCCGGCGCCGCUGCCGCUCCCGGGGCCCGCGGGCGCGCUGCGGGGGCUGCCUCGUGCGUCGCUGCCGGCCUCUGGCGCCGGCCGCUCCGGGCCGCUGGUGUCGCCCUUCGCGGCCAUGUCGGGUGCGGCGCUGCCGCCCGCCCCCACCGAGGCCGGCGGCCAGGCGCAGAGGCUGCGGCACACCAUGCCGGCGUGGAAGCAGCUCCGGGCGCUGGUGGUGUUCGCGGUGCUCGCCAUCACACUGCUGCACCAGCUGCACUUGGGCCAGGAGCUGGCGGCGAUCCGUGGCGGCGAGGCGGCGCCUGCACAAAGCACUGGCGGCGGCGGCGGCAGCGGCGGCCUGCUGUCUCAGGCGGGCGGGCUGGUGGCGGGCGCUCUGAGCCCGGUGGCAGGCGCCGCCGGCAGCCUCCAUGUCGUACUGCAGGCGCUGGUGGACCGCAUGGCGGGCGGCCGCGUGGCGAUGCCGGGUGGCGGUGGCGGGGCGGCAGCGCAGGGCGGGGCGGGCGUGUAGAGCACGGUAUGGGAUGGAGGUCGGAGGACUCGGGGCCGGGCGUGUGUGUGUGUAUGUGUGUGUGUGUUAAAGAGCACAAGGAAAACGUUGCGCAAAGAUGUGUGUGUGUGUGUGUGUGUGUAAGUGUGUAAGUGUGUGUGUGUGUGUGUGUGUGUGUGUGUGUGUGUGUCCAGGAUACCUGUUAUGCUCGGCAUGGUCCCAAAGUGGCCUUGUUAAUUUUAGUUUGGUGGAGUACGCAACGUAGCGUCGGUCGGGGCGGGCGACUUCCUUGCAAUCUUUUGAGGACGUGAUAGGGUUUUAGGGUUUGGCAGCUUGAGGAGCGCAAUUUGUUGCGGUAUCCUACUUGCGGGAAUUUGGCCUUUCGCUAAGUGGACAAACGCCACUGUGCCAUGCGUGAGCAGUCAUGGCUGCGAGGAAGAUUACAAGGGAGGUAGAAGGACGGGAGGCGGAGACGGCUGAUUAGCUGAACGACACGAGUAUCGUUUCGUUGUCGAGAGGCGAAGUGCCGUAAGCGCAUACUAGCACGAGCGGACGCGAGCGGGAAGACAUGCACUGCGGCACGGCUACACCACGAACUGUUGGUAGCACCACUGUGAGCCGGUAGCCGCUCCUGGUCCGUCCGUGCAGCUGACGGGCCUCGCUCUUUGCUCCGUGCAGAGCGCAUUGCCCCCUUGCCAUGCAUGGGGUCAUCGCCAGCUGGCCGUGCUUCCCUGACUGCGUCCCUCGCCUACAUGAAGGAACAAAGGAGCUUGCACAUGACUUAUUCUGAUGUUGGUCCCACUGCAGCUUGCCAAGCACGGUACUGUGUAUGAACACCAUGCGGCAGCCCGUCCCCUGCUGCACAGUGGAGAAGCAGGGCGUUGCUACGGGGCUUACAAGCUGCGCGUAGCUGGGUCAGGUCUUCGAGUUUGAGGAUUGAGACUGAGAGCCGCCAGGUUCAAGUAGGAUGCAGAGGGGCAUUGCGUGGAAAGACGCUCCUCGCUGCAGGGCGGGGGGCGACAUGUGUUUCAUACGGGUGCGCAGUGCUUGCAUCGGAUGGCGUACAUCACGUGUAAGUGCCCGCCUGCGGAGCCGACGAGCCGUGUAGACAGGUUUGGCAGGCUGCACCAAGGAUUUUUUGCGAUGUGGGAGCAGUAUCCAUUCAGGUAUGGUGUGCUCGCGGCCGGUCCACAUUGGUUUGGUGGCGUGCUGUCUGUGGUGGUCGGGGCGGGCUAGUGCCUGGCAAUCGAUAGCAGUGUCAGGGAUGGAAAGGAUGCGCAGGGAUGCGUACCCAGGUGGCCCAAGGAGGGGUUCGACUUGUUGCUGUGUGCGAGAAAUGGUUGAUUGGUUGCAUGGGGUAGGGUUACCUGUCGGACAGGUGCCGGACAUGAGGGCGUCAUGGCCCGCAAGACAUUCGUGCACGAAUCACAAUCGUCUGGACCGAUUGUUUUAA